UUCUAGGUCAAGAGCAGGUUGCUGUCUUUUGUUCACGUAUAAAUAUGAGAUCUGAUCAUGCAAAAUAGUAUCAGUUACAUUCCAACUAACCGACCUACAACAACCAUGAAGCUGUUCAUCAUUGCCGCUGUCUUGGCCGUCGCUGCCGCCGCUCCUUCCAGCUACAAGGCUUACGAGAAGGACUACAAAUAUCCUGAAAUCACCGUCACCAGCCAAUCCGAUGAGCGUAAUCUCGAUGGCAGCAGCAAAUGGAACUACGCCCAGUCUGACUACACUACCCGUGAGGAAUCCCAGCAGCAAAAGAAAUUCAUCGUCACCAAAGUCGAUGACUAUGGCAAAGAAACCAAAGAGGAUGUCUAUGGCAACACCAACAAAGGAUCUUCCUACUGGAUCUCUCCCGAAGGCGAGAAACUUACUUUGACCUGGGCUGCCGAUGAGGCCGGUUUCCAACCCGCUGGUGCUCAUUUGCCAGUCGCUCCCGUCCACGUCUACGAGCUCCCAGUUGCUCCCGUCCAUGAAUACGAACUCCCCGUUGCCCCCGUCCACAUUCCCUUCAACGGAAAGGGCUACAAAAUCUAUUAAAUUAUUGUGAUUGUUCCUUGAGAAAAGAAUACUAUAUCAAAUAAAUAUGGCAUGUUAAAUACAUGCCAACGCUCUACCAUCAA